GUCCGCCUUGGUUUUCACUCGCCUCAACGCAGCGCAAAGAAUAAGAAAAAAUGGCCUUCGCCGGUGUCCUCAAUGAUGCUGAGAUGAAAGCAGCUCUGGAUGGCUGCGCAGCCGCCGACUCCUUCAACUACAAGAGCUUCUUCAAGGCAUGCGGCCUGGCCAGCAAGUCCUCAGAUGACGUCAAGAAGGCCUUCCAGAUCAUUGAUCAGGACAACAGUGGCUUCAUUGAGGAGGAGGAGCUCAAGCUGUUCCUGCAGAACUUCUCUGCCACUGCCAGGGCACUCACUGACAAAGAGACCAAGGCCUUCCUCGCCGCCGGUGACAGCGAUGGUGACGGCAAGAUCGGAAUUGAGGAGUUUGCCGCCCUUGUUAAGGCAUAAAUUCCCAACUGACCAAGAUCCUCUUGAUUUCAUGGAACUGCGAGAAAAAAAAACCCCUUUGCAGGAUUCACAGUUAUCAUCAGCUGAAAGAAUAUUUUUUAUACCUUAUUUAUGAGUUGCCUGCGGACUAUUUCUCAACAUGGAGCACAUAUUUUAACCUGUUGCCAUUCACAUGCGUUUGAUGUUGUGAAACCUGUGCAAGUUGUACACCCAUUUGCACUUUUUUAUUGAGGCAGAGUGAAA